GGUUUUUAUUGUUCUGAAGGGUUUGGUUUCGGACUGGUCUGGGUCACCAGCAUCACUGGCUGUGGUACUGGUUAGUUGGGUCGACUGAGGCUCAGGCCCGGACUCCCUGCUGUGUGUCUGGAUUAUCCUCUGCGUCUCUCGGUGUGUGUGCAGUGUGAGUGUUUGCAGGCGUGUGUGUCUCUGAUAAUACGGGUGUUAGGGUUACAGCUGUACCGUUUACACACUGUGAAACAAAGACAGAAUGUGGACUUCCUGCUUCCGUACAGAGGCUGCACUGUGUUUCCUGUCACUGAAGAUCUGGUGUCAUUUGGUCCGUUAACGGAGGGCUAACGCAGAGACAGAGUGGGAGGGUAGAAUCACAAUCAAAAUGUUAAACUUCCGAACUGCGAGCGCUCUCUGAGGAAACAGAGCGGCUGAGAUGAUCAUUUAUAUUUGAUCGUCCUUUAAGGUGUCCUCUCCUGCUGCUGCUCAGGUGGAUAUUAGGAUGUAUUGCCUCAGGCUGCUCUGAUUGGUUGGCUCUAUAAUCCUCUAGAGUCAUUUUCCGUUCCUCGUGAGUUUUGUUUUUAUCGUUGCGCACUUACAUCGUGCUGAUGUUGUUGUGUAACGUCUGCUGUGGGAGGAGGAAAUGUCACGCUGAUUAGAUUACAUUACUUUGAGUUUGAAACACCCUCAGUACAACCAUUUCUAACUAAACAGAGGAGAACCCAGUUAGAAUCCUGAGAGAAAAGGGAGGUUUUUGAGAUGAAUGGCAACAUGUUAACAAAUAAUCACUGCCAAGCCUGCGCUGCUGAUGGAGCCUCUGCAGGGAGCCGUGCAGAUGCGCAUGAAAAGCUCCCAGAGCUCCGGAGAGCGCCUCAGUCAGUCCCGGUCCAUGGUGCUGCAAGAGUCCGACCUGCCGCAGACAGCUAUCUCUCGGCAUCGCAGGAAUCAGUCUCAGCACAAUGUCCUCGGUGUGGGAGGAGCUGAACCGCCGGGGGAGAUGAAAGGAGACCUCCUGAAUGUGGCUAAGAUUUCAGACAGCGGGAAGAAGCAGAGGAAGAACUGGACCGGGAUGUGGAGCGAACUGACCUCAGAUCAGCUGCUGCUUCACAAGGAGAAACAACAGGAAGCUGUGAUGAAAGCAGGAGGUAAGACAGAUGUGGUCCAGCUGUGCGGGGCUCUGAUCGAGUGGACGCCAGAGAAGUCCAGCAGGAAAAACGUCUUCCAGAUCACAACCAACACAGGAAGUGAGUACCUCCUUCAGGCGGACAGUCAAUCCACUGCCAGUAAAUGGUUUGGCGCCAUCAGAAAGACCGUCGACUCUUCAAGUAAACUUCCUCUGCGGCGGUCCAACAGCACAGAGUUCCUGCCCAGACACAGUUCACUCCCUGGACACGGAUCCACGUCCAGUAAUACCAAACAACGUAACCCGGUCCACAGGCGCUCCAUCAACAUGUUCGUCAGCUCUAAGCUGAAACAUAGCGCCUCAGACAGCGCCGACAAGAGUGGAGUGAAGAACCGACUGAAGAAGUUCAUCAUCAGACGUCCUUCCAUGAAGACCCUGCAGGAGAAAGGCCUCAUUAAAGAUCGAGUUUUCGGUUGCCACCUGUUGACUCUCUGUGAGCGGGAGGGAUCCACCGUGCCGAGGUUCGUUCAGCUCUGUUUGAACGCCAUUGAAAAGCGAGGUCUGGAGGUGGACGGGAUCUACAGAGUCAGUGGAAAUCUGGCGACCAUCCAGAAACUUCGCUUCGUUGUGGAUCAGGAGGAGGCCCUGGACCUGGACCAAAGUCAGUGGGAGGACGUCCACGUCGUCACUGGAGCCCUGAAGAUGUUUUUCCGGGAGCUGCCGGAGCCGCUGUUUCCCUUCAGGUCCUUCCAGCCGUUAGUGGAGGCCAUCAAGAUUAAAGAACCCGGACAGAAAGUUCAGGCUGUGAAGAAACUAAUCCAGGAUCUGCCCAAACCAAACCAGGACACCAUGAAGCUGCUCUUCACCCACCUGCACAGGGUCCUGGGCUUCUCCAGGAAGAACCUGAUGUCCACUCAGGGGAUUGGCAUCGUUUUCGGCCCGACGCUGAUGUGGCCGGAGCUGGACGCAGGAAACAUGGCGUUCAACAUGGUGUACCAGAACCAGAUCGUGGAGUUCAUCCUCAUCGAGAGCCCGGAGAUCUUCAAUCUGGACAGGAAGUAGUUUCCUGGACCUGAUCACCAGCCGAGCUGAAAGAAGUAAACCCCUGCUGAAGAGUUUCAACAGAACUGGACUGUCAACAAUAAACAGAUGCCUGAUGAGA